AUGCCAUCUGGAAUGGGGACAAGAAGUCCCGAUCAGCAGCAGACUCUGGAUGUGGGACCUACCGAGGUGGCGCUUGGAGAGCUGCAAGUGGCAGAAGCUGCUCAACCUUCUUCGAUCUCUGAGACCACAACUGUGCCAGUGCAGGCGGGGCCCAAGAUGGCCUUGACGUCAGCCUAUGACUGGGCAGAGGGGUGGCAAUCAACCGUCGUGGAUCUCGGCGAUGGAAGUGCCGAGGUGGGUGAUGAGAUUGGGAAGCUUAUUGAAUGGAUCGUCAGGAGGUGCUCCAUUCAGAUUGCGCUCACCAGCGAAGGCCCGUCCAAUCCCGGCGGCACCUACUCCGCCAUCGUCGUCGGAUAUACCUGCGGAGGUGAUCUUGGUACAGUACCACGACUUCCAGCUGAGCUAAGGGGUGAUGGAGUGCAGCGACGUGGAGGCAGACAUGAUGGUGAAGGGGCUCCCAACUACAAUGCAGAGGAGGAAAGUACGGGUUUGCCAGAACCUAAGGCAAGAAUGGGUGAUGAAGCUCCAGGAUUGCUACGAACAUGGUGGGGAGGGAGAACCAGAAGUCAGACCCCGCCACCAAAGCGCCCGACGGCGGAGCCAGCUGGAUCUCCAACCUUGGAUGUGUUGACCAAGGGUAUGCAGCAGCUGCAAGAACUUCAGGCACAAGCUCUGGCUAAGGGUGCCGGGGCCACGACGAAUGCGGAGAUCCUCAAGCCCGGCACGAUGGCAUUGGCUCCGCUACCAGAUCUUAAAGGUGGGUGUGAAGCAGCACUGUCGUUUCAGGACUGGCUUGAGGUUUCGUCGUCUGUGCUUGGAGAUGUAAGCGAGCAAAGUAGCCAAUGGUGGAAGGCAGUCGUCCACGUUGUGAAUGAUACCUAUGACAGGUGGCUGCGGGCUACCCCGCUAGAGCGCUUGGCGAUAGCUCCUGAUGGUGCAGACGAGCUGUCUACCGGAAAGUGGGCAAGGCUUAAUGCACGAGUAGCUUCCAUGUUGCUUGCAGCGAUGACUACAGACCUUCGUGGAGAGAUGGUUACCCAGAGGAUUUCUCAGAAUGUGGUGCGUAUGGUUUACAGGCUUCAUACUAUGUACCAGCCAGGAGGGUCUGCAGAGCGGUCUGAUGUAUUGGUCAGGUUGCAAGCUCCUCGUGACUACCUGAGCGCGGACUCUCUGGAGGAGGUGCUGAAGCUGGUGAGAUCGUGGCCGCGACUUCUUGCGAGGUGCAGAGCGGUGAAUAUGAGUCCACCGGACCCGUCAGUCUUGGUUCGUGGACUGUCAGGGCUUACAGACAAGUACAUCAAUCAGUCCCCAGAUGCUGCGUUCCGUACUUCCAUGCUGCGAACUUCACUGCGCUUGGAUGCCCAGCCGUCGAUGGAAAGCGUGCUAGGUUAUCAAAGACACUUACAGGCUGAGCUGGAGACUAUGUCAGCUAGUACGAGUAUGUCAUCCACUGCAGUUUCUGGACCAAGGGUGAAAGCGGUGGAUGCACUACAGCCGAAGGCUAAGGACGGCGCAGCGCGAGCUCCCACAGGAGCAGCGACGGAGCUGUGUCGCUACUUCACGAAGGCUUCGGGGUGCCGCAGAGGAGAUCGCUGCACCUAUUCGCACUCAAUGUCAGGCCUUGACCGGGAGCAGCGAGCAAAGAAGUGCCUUAGAUGUGGUUCAGAAUCACACAGACAGCGAGAGUGCACAGUCGGGAAGCCUGCGGCGAAGGGAGCAGGUAGUCCAGGAGGAAAAGGAGGCAGGGAUGCAGCAGGGAACCGGGAGCCUACGUCGCAGCAAAGCACUAUGGCAUCCAUGGCCACUACAGCCUCUUCUACUUCCUCUACUGGAGAUCCUACACCAGGGGUGCCGUGGACAUUGGAAGCACUUAUGCAAGCUGCACAGCAAGUGGUGCAGCAGGGGACGGAGCCUCCGUCAGACGGCUCUCCAGAAAAGACACGUCCCACGAUUAAAACCUUGCGGCUGAUGGACAUCCGGGUUUGCUCGAUGGAAGCGGCGGCGACUGCGCUACUGGACAGCGGAGCGACCCACAGCUUACGCUCAGCUGCGAAUGCUCAAGAGUGGCUGGAAGCGGAGGAGGUGGCAGUGCAGUUGGCGGGGAACCACCACCUUACGAUGAGGAUUACCACGUCAGGAACACUCCUGAUGCCACGACAGGAAGACCGUGAAGGCAAAGAGCGGCUUGCAAUCAAGGCGCAAACUAUUGUCCCCAUGGGAAAGCUGAUAGAGACGCUUGGAUAUACCAUGGUGUGGAGUCCGGAUGAGUGUACCCUGCAAUCCCCAGAGGGCCGUCGAAUUCCUCUUCAAGUUACCGGAGGGUGUCCUCAGAUGUGUGAGAUGGAGGCCUUGUCACUGAUCGCACGGAUGGAGGAUAGAAAGCUGGAGCGCCUGGAGAACGAGACGCUGACUACGAGGGACAAGGUGGGUCUUUCUGCAAUGGCAAUGGAGCGGCAUUGGAACCACUAUUUGUACGACUAUGUGGGGAAGGGAUCAUUUGAGUCCGGACUUCGAGCAGUUCGGGAUGCACCGUUUUUCGAGGACUUACCGGGUGAGUGCAUCUCGGGACUCAUUCCCGGUGCUGGUCUGGAAAAUGGUUGGGAGAUCUUCAAGCUCAAUGGUUUCCUUACAAGGCCGCAGAGGAGGAAGCUUAUGGGGAGCAAGAGAUGGGUGGUCCACUUGUUCGCGGGCAAGGAAGGGCACUGGGAACUGAUGCAGCUGGAUCAAGGUGAGACAUCAGUUGUGGAGUUGGAUCUAGCCCGCUGCAGUGGACACAGCAUUCUACGCGACGAAGUAUGGCGUAUGCUACUUUGGGGAGCAAAGCAUGGCAAAGUGGAUGUGGUGCUAGGAGGACCUCCAGGGCGACUACAUCAGCACUGCAAUGGUGGGGAGAGAGAUGUUAAUUCCCUGAAGCUAAUUGCCAGGAUGAUGUGGUUAUAUGCUGUGGCCCAAGCUGGUCGUGAGCUGAAUGCAAGUGGAAUCAAUGUAGAUCGAGACGUGGCGUUUGUCAUCGAGUACCCAGAAGGUUUCUUAGCUUCCCAACGGCAAGCUCGCGAGCAGGAGAUUCAGCGGGCCGAGGAUGCUUCAAGAGUACCUGGUCGAGGCCAGGGGGCGUCAUGGGAACAGACUAGGCGCUAUUGGGAGCAAGUUCAGCGACCUCGAUGGGAAGACCAAGUCGGUAGAAGCACACUCAAUGGUGAUGUCGCAUUUUGGGACACAAGGAUGUGGAAGGCCUUUCAGCGUGAGCUGGAAAUGAGGACAGUGUCGUUCGAUCAAGGAGCAAUGGGAGGUUCCGCACGAAACUGCACUACUUUGGGGACCAAUGUCAAUUCCUUGAUUGCUCUGAACGAAGUCCGACUACCAGAGGAUGAUCCUGCCCCACUACAUGGAGACCGAGAUUAUAUCUGGGCACCUGGCCUGGUAAGAGCCAUCAAAGUGGCGCUAAGUGGUUGGGAGCGUCAUCCGCAAUGUGCUCCUCGACUGUGUGCGAUGACAGCAGAGCAGUGGAAGACCCACGUUCGGACCAAUCAUGCGGUUUAUCGGAAGGAUUGUGCUACCUGUGUCAUGUCUCGAGGUCUGGGACGCCAACAUCGACGGAUUCAUCAUCCAGAAGCAUAUGUCUUAACUGCCGAUGUUGCUGGACCGCUCAGCCCGGGACUAGAUGCCACGUCGAAGGGUGCUCUGGGAAAGGGGCUCCGCUACCUACUUAUAGGGAAGUAUCUGGUUCCAAAGCAAUUCAUUGAAGAGUGCUUUGGCAGCUCUGCGUCUUUGGACAGUAGCACCGAGCAGGCCCCCGAAGCGCUGCCUCUCACCGAGGAGCAGCAGCGCGACAUGGAGGAGUUGUUUGGUGAGUCUGAAGUGAGGGAUUUGCCACUACCCGAAGUUCCGCAGGUGGAGGUGAUUGGGAUUGCCAGGGAUGAAAGGGAUGAUGUGGAGAUCAGUGAAGAGGUGGCUGAGUGCGACGAUCAAGAACCAGUUCCGGAGGAGGAACCUGCUGAGGAGGAGGUUGAGCGUCCUUCAGAUGUCGUGAUGGAGCAUGGUGAUUGCGUGGCCCCAGAGAUGACGUUCCUAACGUUCGCGGUCGCUCUAUCGAAUAACCAAUCGGCGACCGUCAAGCGUGGAGUACAAGAUAUGGUGCUAUAUCUACAAAACCAUGGGUUUCCUAUUUACCGCUUCCAUGCCGACAAAGGGGAGUUCUACAACCAUGGGUUUCGAAAUUGGCUACGCGAUCAAGGAGUCUAUGGAACGUGGUCCGAGCCCAGUGUACCUCAAGGAAAUGGACAAGCAGAGUCUACAGUGCGAUGGAUCAAGGAUCGCACGCGGACGCUACUGCGGGCAUCAGGCCUACCCAUGCGGUUGUGGCCAACGGCGGCGGCAACAGCAGCAGCAGAACAGAGAGCUAAGGUGCUGGGGUGGAAAUCUCAGCUUGCAGCCCCGUACGGAGCGCCAGUACACCUACGGAAGAAGGGAUUCGAUAAGGCAGGACCCCUACGGCGAGAGCUUGGACUGGAGAGCAAAUGGCUAGUGGGCAAGUAUGUGGGUUUGAGCAGCAUUGUCCACAAUGGGCACUUGGUGUAUGUUCCGCAAGAUGGGGAUGAGAAAGAGAAGUUCCUGCACACCAUGCAUGUUCGAGCUAAUUUAGUUGAUCCAGGAGCUCCAGAUGACGAUCUCUACAUCACAACACCUCCUAAACCGAGGAGGAGGGUUACGGAGAAAACGGACCCCAAGGAUGUUCAAAUGCAGGCUAUGGCGAUGACGUCAGACGAGAUCAAGGAGCUGGCGACCACUAAGGCCAAGGAGAUCACAAAUGACUGGAGCUUGGUGCAAGCUAUGGAUUUAGUGGAGAAGCUGGCUGGAGGGGGCUUCUUCGAGCACAGGAAGUUUGGUGUUUAUCGUCAUGGAGGAACGGUCGGAUGGCUGUCGAGCGUCGAGGAGUUUCCGGACCUUACUAAGCUGCUGACCAAGAUUGUCCUGGAGAUUAACCCGGAAGCGACGUUCACUUCAGUUCUCGUGUCGCACAACACACCCCGAACAAUGCACAAGGACUUCAACAAUGACUAUGCCACCAAGAAUGUUGUGGUUCCAAUUCGUUGUCCUGAUCAAGGAGGUGAGCUGUGGAUAGAGCUGAAGGCCGGGGAUGUUGUGCAUGGGACAAUUGAGCAGCGAAGUAAUGGGAAGCAGAUGCUAUUUGGACAGAUGUUGCCCCUAGUUCAAGGAGAGAGCAUCGAGUUUGGUCCACAGCGCUUUCAUGAGACUUCUCCAUGGAAGGGCAACCGUGUGGUGAUCAUUGGUUACACACCAAACUGCCUGGGAAAGCUAGGACAACAGGACCUAGAAGCACUCCAUGAUCAUGGGUUUGCAGUACCUCUUUCUCAACUACCGGAAUUCCAUGGAGAUCUGAGUACAGGAGACGUGAUUCGGGCUGCAGCAGUUGAGACACCGCAGCAUGGGCAAGAAGAGAGUGAUGACUCACCAUGGUCAAUGUAUUUGCAGCUCGAGGAGGGCACGGUCAAGAUCGCCGAUGCAGUUGAGGAGGAGAACAUCGAUCCUCGAUUGAAUAAGGUCGAGGUAAACUACACCCCAAAGAUUGAGGAAGUGCUCUCUCAGUUAACAGGACCUCUGGAUGUCACCCACGCAGUCAGCCCAGAUGAAGUGUUGGCAAACCUGGAAGCAUGGCGGCCAUCGAUCCUGAAGGAGCUGGCAGGCAUUGAGGGAGCUAUCGAAAGAUUGCCACCAGGUUCUGAAGCGAGGAGGAGAUGGUUGGGAAAUCCCAAGAUUCAGCGCUUGCCAAUGAAGUUUGUUUUCACGGUGAAGCCUAACGACAAAGCGGUGGUGGAGGACAAGUCCACAUGGUUCAAGCGGAAGUCGAGAUUGGUGAUCUGCGGCAACUUUGCCGUGAACGAAAGCAGUGCGGACCGGGCUGACGAUCUCGAGUAG